AUAACACAAUCAAAUUAAUAAAUUAUUGUUUUAACAAGUCCUGAGUCCACCAUUCAAGUGAAAUUCAUUGGUAUAAAUUUGAUUGUAUACACUAUACAGUACAAAUAGGUAAUAGGGUACUUAAUUCACUCGCUGUUCAUCAUUACUCUUGAUCUUCUCAUUUGGAUUUGAUUAUUCAACUUGAUUACCAUCUAGAGGAGUCAAGAAAAAUAUCGACUAAAGAUGAAUUGUGUAUCUAUAUAUCUAUGGUAUAGUCUAUACCAUGACAUUGUACCUAUCUAUUUUGUCAUGGUCAACACGAUAAAGAUAAACUGUAAUAGUAUUUGUUUUUAAAUUUUAAUGAUGGAAUGUUAAUGUGCUUAUAUUUUGUAAAGAAUUUGUAAUAUACCUAGGAAGCAAUACAAGCCAAACUCAAUGAAAUGGAAGCAAACAGUAGUGAUGAUAUUAUUGAUUACAUUAUGUUACUAGUGACUAUUAAGAAGUCUAGUUCAGAAUUAGUUAAAGGACUAGAGUUUUUGUUGGAAGAAAACACAAGUAUCUUUGUAAAAUGGCUAUCUACAUUUAUUAAAAAACUUCAAAAAGUUACUGUUUCCACAACAAAAUUAAAUGCUCAUGAUGAUCUUCAAGUUCAUAAUGAAGUGAAUGAUUUAAAAACAAAUUAUGAAAUAUUAACUAGUGAAAGUAAUAAAGAUGACUUAGAAAAAUCAAAUGAAGAAAAAGAUGAAUUUUUGUUAAAGCUUAGUGCUGACGAAGCCGACAUUAACAGUAUAGAAAGAGACACUGAACUUAAGCAAGAUAAAAAAUCUGAUUUAAUAUCUGUUGAAAAAUCUGAUGAGUUGAACUACAAACAUGAAAAUACACGUGUGGAAAUAUCAGAUAUUGAGAACAUUAUAAAAAAUAAAGAGAAGUCUGCAACCAAUGUUGAAAUAAAAAAACAUGUACAUAUUUAUCAACAUGAGUCUAACAAAAAGCCUUCACUUACUAAUACAAAUCAUUAUCCAAUUGAUUGUAAUCAACAUAAUGAUAGUCAAUCACAGCAAAAUGUAUCUGAUGUUAACAAUACAGUUGAAAUUAAAAGAAAACGUCCUCGUAUUUCACUUGACAGUGAUAAUGAAGAUAAUGGCAGUUGUAAAGCAGUAGAAAAAGUUGUUUCUAAUAAUACGAAACUAAAAUAUAAACCAAACCCUAUAAAGACUGGAGAACCAUGUCAAAAAGUCCAUCGUCUUGCAAGUAAAGUGUCGGUAGUCAACCGGAUGGAACCUAAGUUUAACAACCUAGAAAUCAAAAAGAAACUAUACUUGCAUGAUUUGGUAACACAGAAAGUGGAUCAUCAGCGUGGAGCCUUAGCGUUAGAUACAGCAUUUCAGUAUAUACAAGAACAAAUUGGUGCUACUGACAAAGAUAUUGCAAUUGUAAAAAAAUGGCGAGAUUAUGCUGUAGGAAUGUUACGUUCAAAUGAAAAAAGUGUAAUCAAAUAAAUAAUUAUUAUAUAUGAUAAAAAGAAGUAAAAAGUCCUUAACUUAUAAGGUUGGAUAAAUUUUAAUUAACAAUAAAAUAUUGUAUAACUGAUGUGAAA